CGGGGCCACCCGCCCCUCGGGGCCAGUCGCCGCCGGCAGCCGCGGCGUAGCCCGCUUGGGUGCAAGGACAUUUCCCCCUCCCUAAUCCCAUCCCAUCCCAUCCCGCGGCAGGCUGAUCCCGAUGGAUUCGGAAGGUUACCGGUGCCGUACCAGUCGGUACAUCCAAAGCGGGCAAUCUGCCGUGCCCAGCUCCCUGUUAUUCGCCGCCGGGCUACUUGGCAACGUGUUGGCAUUACUGCUGCUGGGUCAACACCGACGGCGAGCCCGCUCCUCCGCCGGUCGCCCCCCGAGGGUCUCCGCUUUCUACGUGCUGGUGAGCGGGCUGGCGGUCACCGACCUCUUGGGCAAGUGUCUUCUCAGCCCCAUCGUCCUGGCCGCCUAUGCCUACAACCGCAGCCUCAGCGAGCUGGGGUCCAGCGGGCUCGUCGAAGGCGAGCCGGGUGUCCUCUGCCAGCUCUUCGCCUUCCUCAUGGCUUUUUUCGGCUUGGCCCCCACCUUGCUGCUGCUAGCCAUGGCCUUGGAAUGUUGGCUUUCUUUGGGACAUCCUUAUUUUUACCGGCGGCAUCUCACCCGCCGCUUGGGUACCGCCUUGGGCCCGGCGGCCGGGGGGCUCUGCGCCCUUUUUUGCGCUCUGCCGCUGCUGGGUUUCGGGGUGCCCAUGCAGUACUGCCCCGGUACCUGGUGCUUCAUCCGGAUGGCGGGGGGUGGCCCUCGCCAACUCGGCUUCCCCGUGCUUUACGCCAGCUUGAUGGGCCUCUUGGUUUUGGCUAUCGGCGCCUGCAACGUGAGCAGCAUGAGGCACCUUUACGGCAUGGCUCGGCGGCAGCCCCCCCGCGGCACCCCCCACACUGCUGCCCCACGCAUGGAGGAGCUCGAUCACCUCGUCCUGCUGGGACUCAUGACCGUCCUCUUCACCAUCUGCUCCCUGCCCCUCAUCAUCCGGGCUUACAUGGGGGCUUUUGCCCACGACUUCAACGAGGACGCAGACCUCAGCGCCCUGCGGUUCCUCUCUGUCAACUCCAUCGUGGACCCCUGGGUCUUCAUCAUCUUCCGCACCUCCGUCUUCCGCACCUUCCUCCGGAGGCUCUGCCGGAGGCUCCUUUCCUGCAAAGCCACCCUCAAAGGACCCAACCCGGGAGGGGACACCCAGUUCUGUCCCCCUGGCUGGAGUAGGACAGACACCCCUCAGCUCGGCUUCUCCUGAGCCUCUGGCAGAACUUGGUGGCUGCUGGUGAGGAGUGGGAACUUUCAGCCCCUUGGUCCGGCUCUGGAGCAUCCCAGGGGACAUCUUGGGGCUGUCACAGGCAGGGACAGUGUCCUGCUCACUGUGAGAAGUGGUUUUGUCCCCUCACCCUGUCUGAAUUUCACCCCGGAGAGAAGCCAGGGUUGGGGAUGACUCCCUGGAUACCUGUGAAUAUUCCUGAGCCUUUUGUGGAGGGGUUGGGAGUGCUGAGCUCCAGGAGAGCAGGAAGGUUUUGAGGUGUGGCUUCAGGGCAAAGUAGGGGACGUAGGGAGGAGAGGGAGGGGUUUGUCCCCCUGGAAUAAAAGUGGUUCAGAGCUCU